GGACAUUAAAAUUUGCAUAAUUAAAAUAUAUUAACUUAGACUUAACUAAUUGUCCGAAAUACAAGUCAAAUACAGAGCUAGGCCUAACAACCCAGGUCUGUCAACUUCUAGGUCUUGAGCCUGUUCACACUCGCAACAUUAAUGAUAUCCAACCUCUACAACCUGUAAUCCAGCUAAGAAGCAUGGCAGUUGGUGUUUUGGUAGUAUUAGUAGCUGCUUUUGGCUUACUUUCCACUGUCCAAGGCAGUGGAAAAACGCUAGUUUUAUUAGAUUCUAUGACGUUGAAAGAAUCACAUUCCAUAUUCUUCAAAUCAUUACAAGAUAGAGGUUAUGAACUGAGUUAUAAAAGUGCUGACGAUUCAAACUUAAAACUCACAAGCUAUGGAGAGUACCUUUAUGAACAUCUUAUUCUAUUUUGCCCCUCAGUUGAGGAAUUUGGAGGCAACAUUGGAGAAGAUACAGUUUUAGAUUUCAUUGAUGGUGGUGGUAAUGUUUUAGUAGCUGCAGGUUCAAGUAUAGGUGACCCUAUAAGGGAAAUUGGAAGUAAUUGUGGUGUUGAAUUUGAUGAGGAAAACACAGCUGUAAUAGAUCACCUUAACUUUGACGUCAAAGAUGAAGGCAUGCAUACAUUGAUCGUAGCUGAUCCCUCGAACAUCAUAGAAUCUAAAACCAUUGUAAGAGAUAAGAAAUUAAAUCCGAUUUUAUUCAAGGGUGUUGGAAUGACUGCCGACCCGGAGAACCCCCUGGUAAUGGAUAUCUUACACGGUACUUCUUCCUCAUACUCCCACAAUCCUUCUGAUGACAUCGUCGAUUAUCCACACGCUGUUGGUAAGAACACACAGUUCAUCACUGCCCUCCAGGCCCGCAACAAUGCUCGCGUUGUUUUCUCUGGUUCCUUGGAGUUUUUCAGCGAUGCUUACUUCCAGUCUGCCGUUCAAAAGGCCGUUGCAGGCUCUGAAAGAUUUGCUAAGUCUGGUAACCAAGACCUUGCAUAUGCUCUCUCUCAAUGGGUGUUCAAGGAGAAGGGCGUACUUCGUGUCACCGGUGUUAGCCAUCAUAUUGUCGGACAAAAGACACCCCCAGCUGCUUACACCAUUGAAGAUCAUGUGGAAUACAGUAUACUAAUUGAACAGCUUGUGGCCGGACAGUGGAAACCAUUUGAUUCUAAUGAUGUACAACUGGAAUUUGUCCGUAUUGACCCAUUUGUCCGCACAUCACUUAAAAGCAAAAAUGGAAGAUUCUCUACUAAAUUUAAGCUUCCUGAUGUUUAUGGAGUGUUCCAGUUUAAGGUGGACUACAAUCGAAUUGGCUUCACUCAUUUGUACAGUACUACACAGGUGAAUAUGUAGAUGUUAUUACAUGUUUUAUUUCUUAUUGUUUGCUCU